AACCCAUUAAAACAGCCAGUAAAUCCUGUGGAAAAUGGCCUUCAGUGAUCUUACAUCGAGGACUGUUCAUCUUUAUGAUAAUUGGAUCAAAGAUGCUGAUCCAAGAGUUGAAGAUUGGCUCCUCAUGUCCUCGCCUCUGCCACAAACCAUCCUCCUAGGAUUCUAUGUCUAUUUUGUCACUUCUCUGGGACCAAAGCUCAUGGAAAAUCGCAAGCCCUUUGAACUCAAGAAAGCGAUGAUAACGUACAAUUUUUUCAUAGUACUCUUUUCUGUGUAUAUGUGUUACGAGUUUGUGAUGUCUGGCUGGGGUAUAGGUUAUUCAUUUCGAUGUGAAAUUGUUGACUAUUCACGGUCACCCACAGCUUUGAGGAUGGCACGUACCUGCUGGCUUUAUUACUUCUCCAAAUUUAUUGAGCUAUUAGAUACGAUCUUUUUUGUUCUGCGCAAGAAAAAUAGCCAAGUGACUUUCCUUCAUGUAUUCCAUCAUACCAUCAUGCCGUGGACCUGGUGGUUUGGAGUCAAAUUUGCUGCAGGUGGUUUGGGAACAUUCCAUGCCCUUCUAAAUACAGCUGUACAUGUAGUCAUGUAUUCCUACUAUGGACUUUCUGCGUUGGGACCAGCCUACCAGAAGUAUUUGUGGUGGAAAAAAUAUUUGACAUCAUUACAGCUUGUCCAGUUUGUUAUUGUCACCAUCCACAUAAGCCAGUUCUUUUUCAUGGAGGAUUGCAAGUAUCAGUUUCCAGUCUUUGCGUGCAUCAUUAUGAGUUACAGUUUCAUGUUUCUGCUGCUCUUUCUCCAUUUUUGGUACCGCGCUUACACCAAAGGUCAGAGGUUGCCCAAAACUGUGAAAAAUGGAACUUGCAAAAACAAAGAUAACUGAAGCCCAACGUAAGUCUGUGAUCGAAACUGAUACAUUGUCUUCCUUGACAAUCAAGAGAUAUUUACCUAUGCAGUGCAUUUUGUAUAUUUUUCAAAACUAAGAGCUUGUAUUUUUAUGAUAAGUUAUUGGGAUGUCUGAUAUUUGAGAGCCCGAAGCUUCCAGAUAACAGUCUUCUGAUAAUUAGAGCCUACAGCCGCCAGAAGUUUUUUUUGUUUUUUGUUUUUUUUUUUAGCUGCUUUUAAACCUAAUCCAAAGGUUUUGUUUAAAACAUUUUGUUACAGUGAAAAAAAGAUAUGAAGCAAUACAGUACUCUUCAAGGAAGUCCAAUAAAGAUGAAAAAUAUCAUUAGGUAUUUUGAGCACAGACAGAGAUCCAUGUGAUACAAUACAUUCCUUCUGCUGGGUCUGGAAAGUCUGGAAACCAACUGUAGGCCCUGGCUUUGUCAUUUAUUGACUGUAUUCAGAAGAUACUAUAUUUGCUCUAGAGUUAACUCCCAUUUUAGCAAGAUAGCACAGGUGAAAAUUGAGUGAGUUUUUGAUAACUUGUCAUUUAAAAUCUUUAAUGAUAAUUUUCAAUGGAUCUUUUCAGUAGCCAUCACCAGUUUUGCUGUUAAGACUUCCUCACAACCCAUUUGUUGUACAAACUGUUUCAAAGUUGCAAUCCUUUGGGUUAGUACACUGAUGCACUUGACACCAAGUUUCAUUCAGUUGAUUAUUUUCAAAACAAGGUGAUUUGUUUUAAUGGGUUAAUGAAUACUUUGCUAUUACUGUUUUACAAUUAACUUUGUAUGUCUCUGGAAAGAGAUGAAUUUGUCAAUGUAAAAAGUAUUGUGUAGUUCAGUGGGAAAAACCUGUUGUCUGUUAUAGUAUCAUAUCACUUUCUUACAUUGUCAUGGUUUAAAUUAUUAUCUUGGUUAAAUAUGUAGGUUAGAUACUUACAUGUUCAUAUUAUUGGCACACUACAGGUACUACCCUUAAAUCAUAAAUAAUAUUACCUAUUGUACACAGUUUCCAGAUUUGGGUUAGAGUGGCUGUGAAGCAACUAGAGGCAAAUUGUGGCACAGAGAAUAUCCAGGGGAAAAUUGAAUAUGUAAGCAAACAGACUACAUAACGGUAAUAGAUUAUAUAAUUAAUGUUAUAGGUAUACUGAACAAUAAAGUAUUUUCUGGAAUUAUGAAUUAAUUAACAACCUGGAUUUCUGUUUCCAGACCUAUAAAACCAUGUAAUGAAGGACUGAAAUUCAUUUGGCACAGGCUUUGUUUCUUUAAAAUUGCUACUUUCUUUCUGUUAUUUUUACAUUUUCUUGUCAGAGAAUCAAAACUACUAGUCAGUAGAGUUUUGUCCAAGAAAUAAUAUUUGGACAUUUGUGAAUUUUUCCGUAUUUUUUUCUUCUUUUAUUUAUACUCAAUUUUGAAGCACUGUUUAUGUUUGUAGGACGUUAAACAAUUAGUACUUAAAGCCCCAGUUAAUUUUGAACACACAGAGAUACUUAUUGUGCAAUGCCUAAGUUUUACUCAAUACCAUGGCUUGUUAUGUUUACACUUACCAGAUUCAUAAGGUUAUUUGCCUUUAAGUGAUCUUUUGUGAUUUUACUUGAUUACAGCAUGAGAAGGUAAAGGUUGAUAAAUGGGAGUAAUUACAUAUAUAUAUAUAUAUAUAUAUAUAUAUAUAUAUAUAUAUAUAUAAUUUAUUAUUUUUUUUUCUGA